AUGGCAUCAACACUGGUUAAGUCAAAUAAGAUGAAGAGGAUGGAAUCAAAAAAGUUGUACUCAUGGUGGUGGAAUAGCCACAUUAGUCCCAAAAACUCUAAGUGGUUACAAGAUAAUCUUGAAGGUAGUCGACUUCCUUUCUUUCUGAGUGAGGUGUUAACGUAUAAUGGCAUCAACACUGGUAAGAAACCGCAUGCUGUUUAUCUUUCCUUUUUAAGCAAUCAUAUGAAAUUAUCGUACAUGGGUUUGGUUAAGUCAAAUAAGAUGAAGAGGAUGGAAUCAAAAAAGUCGUACUCAUGGUGGUGGAAUAGCCACAUUAGUCCCAAAAACUCUAAGUGGUUACAAGAUAAUCUUGAAGAAAUGGACCAGAAAGUCAAACUGAUGUUAAAACUCAUAGAAGAGGAUGCAGAUUCAUUUGCUAGAAGGGCUGAAAUGUACUAUCAGAAGAGACCAGAGUUGAUAAGUCUUGUUGAAGAGUUUUAUCGAAUGUAUCGAGCACUAGCUGAACGUUAUGAUCUUGUGACUGGAGAACUUCGGAAGAGUAUUCCAUCUGAUCUCCAAUCUCAGGGAUCUGGAAUAUCUGAUGUGGGAUCUGAACCGCCAUCCUCAUUGCCAUCCCCCGAUCGAAAUCCGAGUCGUCCCAAAUCCGGUGCUCUCUUUCUUGGUACUGGUGGAAGUGGCUCGGAUUUAAAUAAAGUAGAUGGUUCAUCUACAUCUGAUUCUGAAUCUGUCUCGGAUGAUUCCUCUGUUAACAAUUCCUCUGGCACACAGAGCAAUGUUGAGGAACUUGAGUUGCGUCAGAGGAUUUCUGAAUUGGAGACUGAGCUUUCGGAUGUGAAAGAAAGACUCAAGAUGCAACAGAAAGAGAUUUCUGAAGGCUCUUUUAUGAAAUCGUCCAAUGGAAAUUCUGAAGCUCUUGCUAGAGUAGCGGCAUAUGAAGAAGAUUUGAGGAUUGCAAAGGAUAAGAUUCAGCUAUUUGAAGAGGAAAAUAGUCGUUUGUUGAUUGAGCUUCAGAAGUAUAGAUCUCUUAAAGAUGGUGAAGUGGAGCAAAAUCAGGUCAGAGGGCUUCAAGAAAGCAAUGAUGGAUCAAAAGCUGAUGAUUUUGACCCAGUGAACAAAAUUCGGACACUCGAGGAAGAGCUGAAAAUUACGCAAGAGAAGCUGCAUGAGUCGGAAAAGGAAGUUGUAAGCUUAAGGGACGAAAUCGAGUGCAAUGGGUCAUCUAUUCAACAUUUGCAAGAUCAACUUAAAUCAGCCCAAAAGGAGAUUUCCAUCUGCAUAAUUAAACUCGAGAAUGAAAAAAAUGAGGUUUCAAAGCUGCAGGAUCAAAUAGAGAGGUACAAAUCCAAUCUUGCUGACAGAGAUCAAGAAAUCUGGGGAUUGAAAGAAGCAAAUUCAAAUGCCAGUAAGAGCUUAUCCGAAGAAAAUAAGCAACUUCAAUCAGAUUUAACUAUAUUAUCGAAGGAACGAUCUUAUUUGGAGAAUAACCUAAAAGAAUUGGAUUUGCACUGCCAAUCCUUAGAGGAGAAUGUCAGACGAGCCGAAGCUGGAAAAGCAGAGACGGAAGUUAUGCUUGGAGCUCAAAAUGAGCAGUUGAAGGCUGAGAUUUCCGAGAAAAAAGAUCACAUUGAAGAAUUAAAUAAAAUCCUUGAAGCCUUAAAACUGAAUUACAACAUGCUGAGGUCUGAGAAAGACAGUCGUGAUGCCAAGAUCGGUACACUUUCUGCAGAGAUUGGUUUGAAAGAUGACCAAAUCGAUCAAAUGAAGAAUCAUUUGCAUCAAUUACAUAUGGAGCAUGUUGAAUUGAUUGUUGCUGCUGAAGGGUCACAUAAAAUGACAGAGAAGUUACGUACAAGAGUUGAAGAAUUGGAGACAGAGGUCAAGAGAAAAGAAGAAGUUAUUCGGGAAGGAGCAGAAGAGAAACGAGAGGCUAUAAGGCAGCUUUGCUUAUCACUUGAACAUUAUCGAAAUGGUUAUCAUUGGCUUCGUCAGGCUGUUAUCAGUCUCAAGCGAGUACCCGUAAUGGCAUCCUAG